UCCUAAUUUCAAAAUUUAACCCUAUCCUCCCAGUUUUCGUUGAUGCAAAAUCAUAAAUUACUGUCAAAUCUGCCCAGCAAUCACAAGGUUGAUAUACUUAUUUUCUCAACACCACUGAGUCGAACCUGUGUCGAUGUGUACCUAUACUGUUGAUUAUAGUUAUUUUAUGCUUGUUCAGAAUGUAAAAAUGCAUCUUGCCAGCUCUGUGCAGGGUGGCAUGAUUUGGGGAACCUCUCUCCCAUGGGACUCUUGCUAGCGCAGGGUGGGGGCAGGGCAGCAUAAUUUGGGGCACGUUUCACCCAUCGCGAGCCAGGGGCGGGAUGGCACAUUUCGGGGCGCCUUUCUCUCAUCGCGUUCUUGCGAGCUCUGUGCAGGGGAGUUGCAUCAGGUACCCUGUCAUGCCGCCCUAGGCGCCUGCCAAUAUCGCCUAGGAUCCGCUACUGAUCUAACUUAUGGCUACUAGUACUAGGAAACACACCUAUUCUCUUUGUAGAGAGGAGAAAAAAAAUCACGAUUUCUAUGAUAGUCAUAUUUAAGGGAAAAAAAAUAAUGUAUUAUGUGGGUCCUAAUGUGUUGGAACAUAAAUGAAAAGAUUUCUAGAGGUAUCUUAAAAAAAGAAACUACCUCAGAAAAAAUAGAGUUGUUUUAAGGUUUAAAAUCUUUAUCUGAGCAGUGCAGCUAUAAAUAAUGUUUUGGAGUCCUAAUUUCCCCCCCAAGUUUACAGUAACCUACAUUAGUCACAGUCACAAACACAGUGUAAAUUAUUUUUUUAUAAUUGCUGUAGUCACUUUAAUCCACAUUAGGCCUACCGUGCGAUUUACACAUUGCGAGUUUAUCAGACUGAUGGGUGGAUUCGAUUGAUGCGUUUGUCAUGUAAAUGUGAAUCGUUUGAUGGACACCUGCAACGCCCAGAGUGCUACUGCAGGUCGCUCACUAUUGGUGCAAAUUAGUCACAUGAUCUGUCACUUCACUGAUAUGAGCUCGGAUAGAACUUUGUGUGGUUUGACAUACUGCUUAGAGGUUGUAGGGUCACUGAGACGCACAUCAGCGCAUAUUGACCCUGCUUAAUCAUUUUUGCUUGGUCAGUCAACAAUGAAUUCCUACUUAGAUUAUACGAUUUAUAACCGUGGUGCUAACACGUACAGUACGAAGGUUGGGUGUUUUCCAGUGGAGCAAGAAUACUUGCCAAGUGCUUGUGCAAAUACAAAUAGUUGCAUUCCCGAGGGACGAUCAGUCGGAGGGAACACUUUCACACCGACUCCGCACGAAACUCAUGGCGCAAUUUAUGCGCAACUUCAGACGCAGCCAUACCACAUCAACAUGGACAUGGGAAAAACUGGACCAAGCCAUUUUUGCAAGCAAACCCGACCUCACUCGGAUUUUGGACAUCAACACGUUCUCACUCAAGCAGAUGACCACAUGAGUCUUCAGUCCCCAGCGUUUUCUCUCGUUAACAUGGGAUCAAACAUUGGAACAUACAAUGAAUCUAACUGCAGGCCAGGAUCAGUCUCUGCAAGCCAUUAUCAGUCCUAUACCUAUGGAGAACAAGACGCUCAGGGUUAUGGCUCAUUCAACAAGUACCAAGCCACUGCUGACAGUGACAGCGACUCCAAGACAAACAUUAAACAAGCGCCAACGUUUGACUGGAUGAAAGUCAAGAGGAACCCCCCUAAAACAGUGAAGGUCGCUGAAUUUGGGAUGCACGGCCAGCAGAAUAUCAUUCGCACCAAUUUUACCACCAAGCAGCUCACCGAACUUGAGAAGGAGUUCCACUUCAACAAGUACCUCACCAGGACCCGCAGAGUGGAGGUGGCCGCCACCCUCGAACUAAACGAAACGCAGGUUAAAAUAUGGUUUCAAAAUCGCAGAAUGAAGCAGAAGAAGCGCGAGAAGGAGGGAACAUCCCCGGUCAUUAAACGAGCGACUCUUUGUUCUUCUGGUCAAAGCGCAGAAAACUCAAACUCUUCAUCCCCUGGAGCUUCGCCUACCUCAGAAUCUUUCGCUGCUAUUUGACAUUUUUGUGACUAUAUGUGGCAAACGAACUGUAUAGGCUACUGUUUUAAGAUGUUUCAUAAUCGUGCUGUGGAAAACUAUUUAACUUAUUUUGAUGUCAUAGACUAAAGCAUUAAAUACAUGCCAGUGUGUGCAUGUUUGUUUGUUUGUUUAUAUAUAUAUAUAUAUAAAUAAAUAAACGUAAGCCUAAUAAAUUUAACUGCAUCAGAGCCACAUAAAUCAUGGUUCAAAUGCUUAACAUACAAAACAGGGUGCAGGCUUAUUAGUUAAAAGCAAUAUUAUUAUUCAUAAACAAUUUUUGUCCAGGUCAUCAUGGUGAUGUCUUAUUUUGCACUACAGAUUCAUGGCUCUGUUAAAAGAGAGUUUACAAUAAGAAUGUAGAAAUGGUUGACACAAUGUUUUUGGAAACCACCUGGCUCAUGAAGUUCUGAUAAAUAAAUAUUUUAU